AUGCGACUCACCUUCCUCCACAAGUUCUAUAAAAGAACCCCUUUCACCCCCAACUCCAUCAACACAAGAGUAUUCUCACACACCCGCACACAAACCAUGAAGCUCCCUUACGCAGACCCCUCCUCGCCAGCCCUCACCACCCCCGAAGCCUCCGCAAUCGUCUCCCGCGUGCGCGAGCGUCGAGCCCCGCGACCCCUCCAAGCGCUCGAUCUGACGCUUCUCCAUGCACCCCCCGUGGCGGACGGCUGGAACUCCUUCCUAGGCGCGAUCCGGACAAAGACGAGCUUGAGUGAUGAUGUGAGGGAGAUUGCGAUUUGUCGGGUUGCGGUGGUGAAUGAGGCGUGGUAUGAAUGGGGCCAUCAUGCUCCUCUUGCGAAGGCGGCGGGGGUGAGUGAGGAGGGGAUUAAGGUGUUGGGGGCGAAGGAUGUUGAGGGGGAGGGUGUGUUGAGUCGGAAGCAGUGGGCGGUUGUGAGGUAUACGGAUGCGAUGACGAAGAGUGUUAAGGUUCCCGAGGGGGUUUUUAAGGAGUUGAGGGAGGUGUUUAGUGAGAGGGAGGUGGUGGAGAUUACUGCUACUGUGGGUUUUCUUGCAGUGACGUUGAUGUUGAGGUUGGAUGUUUACUAAUCUUCUGUGUAGGUUGCUGCGUAUAACUGUGUUAGCAGAUUCCUCGUCGCGCUGGAUGGUAAGACUACUUUUAUAUUCUUAUGUAAGAACUUUGUGCUAAUGUACUUGCAGUUGGUGAGAAGAACAGCAUUACCGGACCCGAGCUUUGAGGGGAUAUCGCUUGAUAGACAACUCUAUUAUGUUUUUCAUCUUCUACUUACGGUGCCUUAUUAAAUUUCUCGUUUCAAGGCGGGUUCUUAGAAGAGUCGUAGAUCAGAAGUCUCGAGGACACUUAUAGGAUGCGAUGAACAACGUGGUAUUUCCGUCUUUCAAAAAUAGAUAAGCUGCAUACCUAAGACACGAAAAUUACUUAACACCCUUUACUAUUUACAUGUCUCUGGU